AUGCAACUAUCUAACGCACAACCAGUAUUCAAAUUUGAAUUGAAUCAUAAAGUUACACCUGGUAUCGUUACAAUUGCAAAAUAUGAUGGGACUCAUUCUUGUCUUACAGCAUCAGCCGGAUAUGAUAAAAUUAUAAUUCACCAUCCUCAUGGUGGUAUGAUAAGUGGUCGAGCUCAACGGUCACAAGCUCAUGGAGAGGUCUCCGAAUUAAACCUUAGUCAAGCAGUAAUAGCUUUAACCGCAGGCCAAAUAAAGCCUGAAUGUAACAGAGAUAUUCUUCUUAUCGGAUCCCCAACACAAAUUUUAGCGUAUGAUGUUCAUGACAACUCCGAUCUAUUUUUUAAAGAAGCUCAAGACGGCGUUAAUGUUAUUAUUGUGAGUCAUUUUGGUAAAUAUAAUGAGAUGCUGGUAAUAGUUGGCGGUAACAGCUCUGUGCUUGCGCUUAAUUCAAAAGGGGAUGAAAUAUUUUGGAACGUUGUCAGCGGAAAAGUUUGCGCAAUGAUUACUUUUGAUUUUGACAAGGACGGCGAAAAUGAGUUACUAAUUGGCUGUGAGGAUUCUUACAUAAGAGUAUUGAAGAAUAAUCAAUUUAUUAUGGAACUCGCUGAAACAGGUCCCGUCCUUUGUUUAUCUCAAAUUAGUGAAGUAAGGUUUGCCUAUGGAUUAGCAAAUGGUACUAUAGGUAUUUAUGAAGAAGGUAUUAGAUUAUGGAGAGUUAAGUCUAAGCAAAACGCUAUUUCACUUCAAUGGUCUGGAGAUAAACUUGCAUGUUGCUGGACCAAUGGUAGAAUAGAUUGGAGAGAUGAUACUGGACGAGUUUUACAUCGUGUACAGAUGCGUUCAAAUGGCGCAGCGAUGUUGCUUGCUGAUUAUCGACUAACUGGUAUACCAGACCUUGUUUGUAUUUCAGAUAAAGGAGAAGUGUUAGGAUAUCCUCCUCAUCAAGAAAAUGUAAGCUCGAACACAAUUUCUAAUAAGUUUCCUUCAGAGGAAGAUCGAUUAGCAGUUACAGAACUAUUAAACAAAAAACAGGCUCUAAUGGUAGAGUUACAGCAUUAUGAAGCUAAUGCUGCAAGUCUCAAUCAAGAACCAGAGAUGUCAAAUACUGCCAUGCCCACAAAUACAAGAUUACAAGUAGCUGUAGCAGCCGACACAGAAGAAGGGUGCCUUCAGCUGGCAAUAUCAACAAAUAAUGAAACUAUUGUACGAGCUGCUUUAGUGUUAGCUGAAGGUAUCUUCGAGUCUGGUGAGACUUUGGCUAGACAUCCUGAUCAAGGACAAUUAAAGUCUAUACUUUAUAUACCUUUAAAGCCUCCGCGGGAUGUGUCAGUUGAUGUCCACAUAAAGACUUUAGUGGGUUAUGCCGACAGCGAGCAAUUUCAUAUUUUUGAACUCACAAAACAGUUGCCUCGAUUUGCUAUGUAUGUGUUAGUUGAGUCAUCUAUAAUAAAAACCAACAAUGAAAGCUAUGUUACAUUCCAAAUAACUGAAAGAAUUCAGAGAAUUUGCAUUUGGGUAAAUCAAAAUUUCCUCGUAGAUGACGAAAUUGAGCUAGAUAACGAUGAAAUGCGUGAACUACAUAUCAGUUUUUUAUGUCUAAGGGAUAAGUCACGCCUCAAUUUAGAUUUUGGAUCAGAUGGCAAAGUAAAAUUUUCGACUCAAGAUAUAAUGCUCGCUGGUAAUCUGAUACAGAGCUUAGCAAUAUAUCUAAAUUUGACUGAUCUGCAGCGUGGUUUUAGGCUUACGGCUUACCUGUCAUUCCUGUCACGAUUAAAUAAUUCAGAAGCUUUCCCGAAGCGGCAAGUGUUAAAUUCUAAUCAAAAGUUGGUUUAUUUGGCAAAAAUGGUUGAAAAUAACGAAGUUGAGUUGUCUGAAGCUGAAGCAGAACAGUAUGAUCGUCAAAUCCGUUUAUGGGGAUUGGAAUCUCAAAAAAGGUUGCGAGCUUCAAAAGUUUUGAUCAUCGGGUUGUCUGGUUUGGGUGCCGAAAUUGCUAAAAACAUAAUUCUUUCCGGCGUCAAAAGUGUAUGCUUGUUAGAUGAUGAAAAACUAAAAGAGACAGAUCUAUACUCACAGUUUCUGGCUCCACCUGAUAAAAUUGGGGAGAAUAGAGCGGAAACAUCAUUACAACGAGCAAGAGCGUUGAACCCUAUGGUAGACGUUACUGCUGAGACAAAGGCAGUCGAUAACUUACCUGAUAGUUAUUUUACGACAUUUGAUAUCGUUUGCGCAACUGGAUUAAAGCAGGAACAACUAGAACGUAUUAAUAAUAUUUGCCGUGAUAGUAACCGUAAAUUUUUAUGUGGCGAUGUUUGGGGUAUGUUUGGCUAUAUGUUCGCUGAUUUAAUCGAUCAUGAAUAUUCUGAAGAAAUUGUUCAACACAAAGCUGUCAAACGCGGUCCUGACGAUACCGAGAAAAAUGCUAGAGAAACUGUCAGUAUUACUGUGAAACGCAGAGCUAUUUAUGUGCCAUUGCAAAAUGCUCUGUCUGCUGAUUGGUCAAAACCUGAAUUACGUUCAAGAUUGCGACGUGGGGAUCCAUCUUAUUUUGUAAUGAAGAUCCUCUUAAGAUUUAGGGAUGAGUACAAUAGAAAUCCUGAUCCAGCUAAAAGGAAAGCUGAUACUGAAAUAUUAUUGCGAAUGCGCGAUGAACUUGUGAAAGAGCUCUCUUUGCCUGUUGGAUUUAUAAGUGAUGCUUUGUUAACAGAUGUAUUUGGAAUAGUGUCAGGUGCUGCAGCAGUAGUAGGUGGUGUUAUAGGUCAAGAAGUAGUGAAAGCUUCAACAGCUCGAUUCCCAGCUGCAGAAGAGAAAUUACGACAGGAAAUGACCAUUGUUUCGGAAAUAGGUGAUACUAGACAAAGGCUAGCUGUUGAAACAGCUGAAAAAGCUCAACUUAUCACAGCAUUGUUACCUGCGGCUCAAGAUGCAGCAAGCUUUGACUUGAAAGAGAUGUUAAAUAGAUACAAAGAAGUGAUAUUAUUAAACGAAGAGUUGCUAACGAGUUGUCACGUGCGUCGCGCCACGCAAGAGCAAGCGAUGGCGUCACUUCAAAAUCUUCAUACUAUUUUGCAACAAGCAGCUAGACUACGAGUUGGAAAAUACAGCAAAGCAGUAGUGACAGCUUGUAGAAAAGCAGUAACAGAUAACAAUAUUGAAGCCUUAGUUAAGAUACUACAAGUGGGUGAUACA